AAACAUUCGAAAGGAAUCCGAAUGGUUUAUUGACAUUAGUAACGAUAGACGAUUGUAUUUCGGCUUAAUUUCCCCCUAUAUACGCUAGAUUUAGCGUGCAAGGGACAAGGAUGGAGGCCCUUAGUCGCCGUGUUUUGGAGGGGCGCUUGGAAAACUUGCCCCCCGAGAAGAAAACGGACGUGGCAGUGUUCCUCAGCUCUACUUUUACAGAUUUGUCCGUAGAGAGAAAUCACAUCAUGAAUCAAGUGACACCUGUCCUAAAUAAGUAUUGCCUGCAGAACAAGCUUACAUUCAGGUUUAUCGACAUGAGGUGGGGGGUGCGGGACGAGGCGUCGGUGGACCACACUACAGAGGAAAUUGUUCUGGACGCUCUCAGGAUAGCAAAGGAGGACUCCAAGGGGCCGUUCUUUCUGUGCUUCCUUGGUGACAAGUACGGAAGUCGUUUGCUUCCACACUACAUCGAGGCUAAAGAGUUCAAACUGCUACGUAGGAUAGCCAUGAGGCGCGGUUAUGACGUCACGAUUAUGGAUGAGUGGUUUGAGCGUGACGACAACGCUGAGCCGGCGGUGUACCGCCUGAGGUCUAUCGAUGAAAUUUUCACUCACUACGACGAUAAUGAGCACGAGGACUUACAGAAAAAGGAUAAAGCCAAAUGGAACCAGACACAAGGCAAACUUCAGACCAUUUUAAGAGCGGCGUCAGACGAAGCUUACACGGACAGGCUUAUUUCAAAGGAGUCACGUCAUGUUUAUUUCAAGUCAGUAACAGAAUCAGAAGUCGAACAAGGCGUCAUCUACCAGGAUCCAGUCAAGGACAAGGUCAUUGUUUAUUUCCGAAAGUUCCUGGAUAUUGAUGUUCACGACAACAUCGCUUGGAGAUUCACUGAUUUAAAAGAAGGCAAAAUUGAUUCCGAAGCAGAGGAAUUACGCGAGAGACUGAAGAUUACUCGUGUUCAACCAAUUCUGGGUCCAGCACAACUGACAAAAUAUCAUUUAAACUGGACGUCAACUGGAAUCGACGAAACAGAUGAACAACACAAAAACUACAUUGACGACUUAAUAGAAAACAUUAUCAAAAAACUGAAAGAUCAGGUAAACCAGUGUCUGAAAGAUGAUCACAAAUUCUCUCCUUUGUUUCAAGAGGUACUGCAUCACCUUCAUUUAUGCAAGAAAGAAACAGAGCUCUUUGUUGUAAGGAAUGACAUUUUGGAAAGCGUGAAGGAGAGGAUGUUUUUGGUGUAUGACACUGAUAAGAAAGGCCUGGUGACGGAACCAUUCAAUGAGAUUCAAAACAACGUCUUCUGGAAGAGCCAAUACUUGGAGCUAGACGAAACUACGUUUAGCAAGAAAAGCCAGGAAAUUAAGGCAGAGUAUGAAAGGAUCCAGGAAUCUUUGGAUCGCUUCGACUGCAAGUUUAUACAUAGUGGGUUUUUCGAGAACAACGAUUGUGACCCCGACGUCAACAUGAGAGAGUUAUACACUCAGCUCCCAAAAUUUAAUUAUUUCUCUCGCCCUGUCGUUUUAUUUGGUUGCUCCGGUUCAGGAAAAACUGCAAUGAUGGCUCAGGUUGUUAAAGAGUCCCAAAACUGGUUUCCCAACUCGGUCAGCGUAGUUCGUUUUCUUGGAACCUCUCUACUCUCCUUCUCAAUCAAAGACGUUCUCUUUUCGAUUUGCGCGCAGAUCCUAGCCGUCUAUAAAAUCAACAUUCCUUCCUAUAUCGAUUUGGAAAAAGAUUACCAAUUUCUUGUUCAGUUCUUUCAAUCUUUACUUUGGAAAAUCGACACAAAAGACCGUCCAUUAGUCAUCAUUUUGGACUCCAUUGACCAACUAAAGGAUAUGAACGACGCACACGCAAUGCACUGGCUACCUGUACACCUUCCGCUAAAUGUACAUAUUGUUAUCUCUAUGAUUCCUUCCAUACAUUGUUGCCUGGAAAACAUAUUGUGUAAAAUGCCGCACACUGAACAAUAUCUGGAAAUUCCCGAAAUGCCAGUGGAUAUCGCUAACGAUAUGAUCACCAUUCGUUUACGAGCACAGAACCGCCGUAUAACAAAGAUCCAGCGAAAAUUCGUUUUGAGUAAAUUUGAGAACUGCCCCCAUCCUCUGUAUCUUCGUAUGAUUCUGGACCAAGCCGCGACCUGGCGAUCCACAACAGUAACGUCUGACCUUUCAGUUGGGGAUGACAUCACAAUGGCCAUAAAUAAGUACUUUACAAGUCUUGAAAGAAAACAUGGUGAAGUGACAACACAAAAAACUAUGGCGUACCUGUCGGCGUCACGUGAUGGGGUCAGCGUCACUGAGCUGGAGGACUUGCUGUCGCUCAGCGACGAGGUACUACAGGACACUUACAUUUACCACCUCCCGCCAAACGACAAACACGUCAGAAUCCCGCCCUCAAUCAUCGUUCAGAUGAUGACAGAUAUCCGUCCUUACAUCAUCGUCAGGAAUGUCGGCCCAUUGAAGAUCCUCAGUUGGUUCCAUCGUCAGUUUAGAGAGGUUUGUCACGCUCGCUACUUACAAGGGGAGACGAUCAUGUCCGUACACUGUCAACUGGCAGAAUAUUUCGAAGGAAUCUGGUUUGAACGAGUUAAACCUCUAAGUCUGUACAAAGUCAAGAAGGGUGAAUAUCCCAACGCAGACAGAGGAAUCCGUCCACAGAUGAUCAAGCAUAUGCAUAUGUACAACGAACGGAAGCUCUCCGAGUUACCAUACCAUCUCAUCAAGUCACACCAAUUUGAAAAAUUCCGAAAUUUGUGUGGAACAAAUUUUGAAUUCCUGCAGGGUAUUGUGUGUGCUUUUUCAGUUUUUGAGGCCAUUAUGAUGUUAAAACUCGCUCUUCAGACGAUGGACUUUGCGGGAGAAAUAGAUUCGCCUCAGCUGUACCAGGAUCUGGACAACGUUCACAAGAUUUUGUUACUGAGUUCAGAAAACAUUUCCAGAGACAGAAAUAAUCUAGCUGUAGAGAUCAUUUCUCACUUUGGUCCGAACUACUCCGGAUCUGAAUCCCUCGGGUCCCUGGUGAGAGCUGCCAUGAGUUCACUGAGAGACUCCGAGACGCCGGCUUUGAUUCCUUUAACUCGCAUCGCUCCAGGUCCAGAUAGCGUUUUAAAAUUCUCCAUAACAGCGGAAGUGUUUAGUAGAAACUCAGACGACUGGAAUCGUCAGUACAAACACGUAUUAUGUGUGGACGAAACAAAGUCCGUGGUCAGAUGCAUUUAUACCAUAGGCGCUCAACGGUACCUGUACACCAUCAGUCUGGAGAAUUAUGGGAUAGUGAAAUCCCGCAACGAUGUUCACCUACAGGCGGAAUCUGUUUUGAUGGCUGGGGGUGAUCGGUUCAUCGUACUAGAGAAUUCGGAAUCUGUGGAACUGUACGAGGUGUCGUCCUGGAAGAAGAUUCCACUGAAGUACAGCCCAUUAGAUUGUGUAGCUGUGUCUCACUCAGGACGAGUUCUGGCCUACUCCGCAGUUUUGUUUGCCAAGGUGGUAGUGUGUCAGAUUGGAGACCCCGAUUCCGAACCAAAAGAACUGUUCAGACUUGAUUUAGAAAACGUUAUAUCGCUGAUGAUUUCCUACGAUGACCAGAUUCUGGUAGUCUUUGACAGUGAAGAAAAAUUAACCACAUAUGACAUCGCUACAGCAAAAGCCCUAUAUACCAAGGAAAUCAAAAAGGACGAGAGUCAGUUCCGACCCAAACAACACCACAGCGUGGUGAAAGAAAAGCUUGGCAGGUGUGUUAAACUUACAAGAAAUAAUACUUUGAUACGUUUGGAUCCCUCUACUGUGACCGUGUGUUCGAGUGAUCUCCGGACAGGGGAACAUCUACACACUCUACGUGCCUCCGAGUCUGGAUCAGGGGACCUUAUUGCCCUACACGCGUCAGAGAAGCUAGUAGCCACUGUUGACAGGAACAAGUGGGGUUACUUAAAUGUAUGGCGUGUGUGGAACCUGCAGACAGGGGAACUUGUGUCGUCUCCUGACAAUGUCAUGGAACCUCAGACCUCCGGAGACUUUAAAACCUCGAUCGUCAGUAUGCUGCUUUUUGGUAGUGAGACCCUCUUCUUGGCCACAAUAGAGCGCCAAAACUGCUCUGCAGUUAAAAUAUCAUACUUAGGAACAGAAACAUCCCUCCUCCCAGAGGCUACACCCUAUUGCAAUCUCAUUGGGCACAAUGGAACGAUUCUUGAGAUGUGUUUGGCCUAUGGAGAUUCUUCAUUAGUUACCGUAGCAAAUGACAACACAAUAAAAGUAUGGGACUUCCAUAGGCUAGCAGUUCAAUUCCAAGAAAAGUUUGGCAAUAACCCUGACCUAGAGCGAGUGAGAUGCCAUUUUGAGGACCAACUCUUGACAGAAUCUAAAACAACUAUAUUCGACAUCAGCAGGAACAAUAAGAAAGCAUUCAUAGCUACCGACAUUGGACAGCUGAUCAUUCAUGACAUUGAAAACAAUACCAUCGAAUAUUCUCAAAAAACGAAGGACGAGCCAGUGGAGUUUCUGCUUGUAUCAUCGUUUGGUCAGCUAGUUGUCAUGGCAACAUUAAAUGGCAACAUCACCGUCCUGUCUGCGGAUGACAAUGAGGUCAAACACAGAUUCAAACAUUCUCAGGAGAUCGUGAAUUGUAUGGCUGAAGAGAACAAUAUUUUGGUGGUGGGAACCAGUGGCAUGGCUGCCAAGGGCUCUGUAUGGGAUAUUACAUCAGGAACCCUCCUGAAGGAGUUUGAUCUCCUCUACUCUCUGUCUGUUGUUGCCCUCACCUCUGCUGGCGAUAAAAUCGUGACAUCGUUGUUCGAGUAUCCUCUGGUUUUAUCGAUUACCACUGACAACAACUCUAUGGACAUGACCCAAGUAGACACAGCAAUGACGGCUGCGUCCUGUGUUGCUAUUGACAACAGUGACAGUUUGGCACUGAUUGGCUCGACCGAUGGCCAGAUUAGAGUUAUUGAUUUGGAUGGUAAAUACAAAUUCAGACUAGGUCAAAUCUCUUCAGUGAUGACGGCAGUUUUCACUCCUAAUGGGAAAAGAGUUGUUUCAGCUGGAUAUAAGAAUAUCUUUGUCUGGGAUCUUGACCAAGAGAGGCUACUUUACAGGGUCAAGAAGCACACCAACUUUAUAUCGAAAAUUCUGUUUGAUGAGACAGGGAAAAUCAUGGUGACCGCAUCAUGGGACAAAAAUAUUGCCGUCUGGGAUGUUCCGUCAGGAAUGUCUAUCGCCACCUAUUACGGACACUACAAACUGAAUGAAGUGAAGAUAACUUGUGAUGGCGGAAAAGUGAUCUUUAUUCCUGAUGUUGUGAAUCACAUCGGUAUACUGGAGCCCAACAAAAUGCUACAGCACAUGAUGAAAGGGGACAGAACUGUGGUACGGGACUCUAUGUUAAAGGCCCAAGCAUUGUCUUUCUCCGGUCAGAAAAUCACUCAACUGACCAGCCAAGCUUGUACCAUAUUAUGAAGAAAAUCCUAACUAUACCUUUGUAUGAUACAGUGGGAAUAUUUGGUAUCAAGUCAUGUCAAGUUUACUUCUGGGAAACAAGAUUGAAUUCCAAUGUACUAGUAUAUUACAUGUGUACUGUUUUAAUACGUAUUGGUUAUUGCAGCUAACUUGUUUUGAGAUACUCACGUUCAUCCACUUUAUACCCAACUUUACCAUGAUACAUUGACAAACAUUUCCUGUAUGUACUAAAGUCAAUCCUACACGCUUAUAAUGACAACAUUACGUGCUUUUAUGCAUUAUGCAUCUGUACGUAAUUUCUGAUAUAGUUGGCUACCAAGCAGUUAUAUUUUAAUGCUUUACACUGGUUUGCGAAAACUCAGUAAGCAUUUAAAGUGACAUUGUUGUGGGAUAUAUAAUCUUCAUCAGCAAACGAAAUAUUGCUAGUUUUAUACAACAUCCUGUAAUCAUACGUUAGAAUCUCAAAGUAGCAUAAUACUCAAAGUGUAUAUAUUAAGACACAAUUUAGACUCGGGCAGUGGAGCAGUGUACAUUAAAGAGAUUGCUGAUUUGUCUCAAGUAUUGUUUAUUCUUUUUAACAGUUUAAUAUUAAACUUGCAAGUGUCUAGUUU